CCGGCCGUUGGUGGAGGGCGGCCGGCAGCCGUUAGGCGCGCGGGUUGAAGAUGGCCGGGGAGGCCGGGAGCUCUCUGGGAGAGGCGGAUGGGGGCGGCCGCGUCUCUUCGCCCCCGCUGGCUGAGGUGGAAGCCGUGGCCGCGGACUGGAUGCUGGAGUUCGCCUGCUGCUGCCUGUGCUGGCACUUCGGGGAGGGGGGCGCGGCGGAGUUCCGGCGGUGGAGGGACGUGGCGCACGCUCUUAUUAAUGGCCUCUCCAAAAUACCUACACAUCAGAAAAAAACAGUGUAUCUCUGUCAGCUUUUGAUAAGAAUUGAAAAAGGAAAAAACCUCGAAUGCUGUUUUGAAAAUGAUGAAAGAAUUUCACCUUUGGAAUCUGCUCUUUCCUUCUGGACUUUACUUGAAAGGGAAGAAAUUAAACUGGAAAAGCUUCAUGAAGAUAUUCGUCGCUUGAUUCAAAUUCAGAUUAUAGCGGUCCAUAUGGAAAAUGGAUAUUUCAAGGAGGCUGCUGAAGUUCUUGAAAGGCUAUUUACAGACUCGGAAACAGAUAAGCCUUUAAGGGUGAAGCUGGCAACUGUAAUUAAAAGCAAGGAUCCAUAUGUUCCCCUUCUCCAAACCUUCAGUUACAAUCUUUUGAUAAGUAAAAUCAAGUCUUACGUUGAACUUUUCAUGAAAGAAAAUGAAACUAACUUCUUAAUACAGGCAGCCACAAAACAAGUAGAGUCUAAAGGACUGGGAGCAACAGCACUGCAAAACAAAACUGUGAAUGUCACUGAAAACCACAAAUGGAAUUUGAAAACAAAACAAAGAUUAAUGAAAGAGCAACAGAGUAUUACAGAUCAGUUGCCUGGAGACAUCGAAAACCCCACAGUAAGGCGUCGUUCAGGACGGAAACGCAGAGUGAGCAGUGUUCUUCAGAGUCUGAACAGCUUGCAAAAUGUGGAAAAACGUGGAGAUGCUUUGGCUUGUGGCCGAAGAAGACAGCGAUGGACUUACAAAGAAGACUUGGCACUGAAAUCUGGAGUAAGGGAGUUUGGAGUGGGUAACUGGGCUAAAAUUUUGGUCCAUGGUGACUUCAACAACCGAACUAGUGUCAUGUUAAAAGACCGGUGGAGAACACUGUGCAGGAUCAACCAAGGCUAAUUUGGACUACAGGAAUCAACUCUUCUUGACAUUUCCCUACUUAAAAGAGAUAUAUUCUUGAAGGCUGAACUGUUCAGGAAAUACUAAAAUAAUCCCUCGGCUUUCUGUUUUGGAGGUCUGCUUCCAUUAAGAUAAAGUGGUGAAGUACAGUUACAAAGGUUUGUUUCAC